AUCCUUAGCUAUCUUAAAACUUGAGGAGCUGUGAUUAUUCUUUCUGAAAUGUGCAGUUAAUGUGCAAGCUGGUAAAUUGAGAGUCCACUGUAGUUUAGUAAGAUUGUCACUUAUAAUAUACAGAUGUAUGUCAGGCAACUGAUGUAUAUUAGAGAUCCUUUGAUCUUAGAAAAACCAGAAAAAUUUGGACGAGCACCAUCAACAAACAAAAGUCGUCAGCAACUCCAAAGGGAAAGGGCAUUGAACCAGCAUUGUCGCAAAACAAAUGGGCACAAUGAAGUUCCUUUUAUCCUUCCAGAACAACAACUGGCCAAACCAAAGAUGAAUCCUCCACAAGCAGCAGAGCCCCCUGCACCUGAGCUGGGACCAAAGCCAAUUGCACAAGAGGCUAAUAAACAAUUAACUGCAACUGAAGAAAGCUGUCAGAAAGAAAUGGACAAACCUGGAGCCAAAGCAUCAUGUACAUUCCAGGAUUCCUCAGUUAAAGAGUUAUCGACAGAACAGGUCAAAGGGGUGGAAUUGCGUGAGAGAUCACGGCUAGAACAGCUGCAGCUAGAGCAGCGAUUAAUGGAAGAGAAGAAUAAACGCAAGAAGGCGCUUCUGUCGAAGGCCAUUGCAGAAAGGUCUAAGCGAACCAUGGCAGAAACUGUGAAACUAAAGCAUAUCCAAAAGGAGCUUCAGAAUUUGGAUGACUUAUUAUCGAAUGGUGUUAAUGUCCUCCGGAAUCGGAUUGAACAGUCCAGUUGGGAAUAUUAUCAGGCUAAGAAGAGGUAUGAUAAAGCAGAGGUGGAAUAUGUUGCAGCUAAGCUGGAUCUACACAAGAAAAUUGAACUGAAGGAGCAGCUGACCGAACACUUGUGUGCCAUAAUCCAGCAGAAUGAACUACGCAAAGCUAAGAAGCUGGAGGAGCUGAUGCAGCAGUUGGAAAUGGAGGCAGAUGAGGAGCAACUAGAACUAGAGAUUGAAGUGGAAAACAUGUUGCAAAGGCAAGAACUAGCCAAGGCAUCUGAUCAGACCAAUGCAGGAAGUGAAGAAUCAUCAAAGCAGACUAUUCAAGAGGGGGGCAGCCAGAGUCAUACACUUAAACAAACUGAAAAGGAAGCAGAGGGCACUGCUACUUGUGACACAGGCAGGAAAAAUUCAAAGGACUCAUUUAAAAUUCAAGAAGCUGAGAAUUGAAUCAGAGAGCUCCAGAGAAGAUCCAGACACUUGCUAUAACUUGAAUAUGUAUGUUGGUGUUCCAAAAGUAAAUUUGGGUAAAAUUGAUGCCAACUUCCAUAAUAUUGUCAAUCCGUUGGGAACUGAACUCAAACCAUUUAAAAGAAUUUGUGAAGCACUUUUUAUUGUAAUUUCCUAUAUUUUAUUAACAGUUCAAUCUUUGAACAGAAUUAGGUUUUGGGUGAAAAAAAAAUAAUAAUCAAUGAUAUAUGGGCCAGAAGGGUGACCUGAAACUUGAGGCACUUUACAAGUUUUCCUUCAUUUGAUUAAAUUAUUUGAUCACACUACAUUUCUGUAAACUAUGAUUUGUGCAAUAUAGUUCUUCCAAAUGACUGUAUCAAAUGUAACCAGACAAGUUGUUGAGACUGGUUAAAGGACCUCCCAAUUUUAUGCAAUUUUCUUAAAAGAAAGCAUAGACAUACUAUUGUCAUUUAUUUCUUGAAAUUUAUUGUUAUCUGUUACCAAUUUAUGCAUGCAUGCAUUUUUCUUUAUUUAAAAAAAUUCCAGAUUAUGCCUUAUAGAAUUUAUCAAAGAUUAGCAACACUUUAUGUAAUUCUUGAUCAAUUGAUUACUAAUCUAUCAGCAUUUUUUUCAAACUUUUAAACGUUAACAAAUGAUUGUUAAAGUUUUAUUACAGUAGUGGAUUGUUACAAAAUUUACAUUAAUACACUAAGACUUGAUCAUUACUGCAGGUGUCUUUUUUAUAUAAGGUUCGACCAUAUACCAUAACCAAAUUAGAAGGGAGCAACAAUGAACUAGAUAUUUGGGGGGGGAAAAAAAGCUAUUUUGCAGACCUUAGAAAUACAAAUUCCAUCAAUUCGAUUCCACUAAAAUGUCCAUGAAGUUUAUAUAAAGCCUUUGCAUUUGGUGACUCAGACAACUUCUGAUUUUGCAUUAUCACCAUUAAUCCUCCUUUAAUGCAUGUUAUUCAUAUCACCAUGUGUUGCUGUAACAAAAUAUUAAAAACGUGCAUAUUUGUUCCUAAACCCUUAGACUUAAAGUGGAUGAUAAAGCUAUACCA